UCAAAAACAAUCAUUUGAACAAAUUGGGAUUUGUUGUCUCAUUCGUAAGCUAACUGUUCGCAGCAAAAGACGGUUUGUGUUCAAUUCGAGUCGGUGUUAACACAUCAAAUAUUUAUUAACUAAAAUGGGCGUACCUGCUGGUGAUGUUGAGAAGGGCAAGAAGCUGUUCGUGCAGCGUUGCGCGCAGUGCCAUACCGUCGAGGCCGGUGGCAAGCACAAGGUUGGCCCCAACCUACAUGGUCUGAUCGGUCGCAAGACCGGCCAGGCUGCCGGCUUUGCCUACACAGAUGCCAACAAGGCCAAGGGUAUCACCUGGAACGAGGACACGCUCUUCGAAUACCUGGAGAACCCCAAGAAAUACAUCCCCGGCACCAAGAUGAUCUUCGCCGGUCUGAAGAAGCCCAACGAGCGUGGCGAUCUGAUUGCCUACCUGAAGUCGGCUACCAAGUAAGGAGGAAUCACUACCAUCUACCCACAUCCGAAUCCAGCACCACCUCUUAGCUACACGUAAACUCUGUAUUACGAGCUAUAUCAUUACGGAAGCGUGGCAGUAGCGCAUCCGAGGCUCAUCUUAACGACGGCUUGUAUUUGGGUCACAAUAAUAACAAAUCAGGAUACUGAACAUAAAAAUACAAUUAUGUUAAUUUUAAAGUUUAAAUAGGACAAUUACAUUAUUUAAUUUAUAAAGUGGAUAUAACUAAUUUAAAGCCGAAUAAAUUGUGACGCCCACGAGAAACAUAACAACAAAUUAAAUAAAAACAAAACAAUAAAACCGAA